ACACCAUGAUCAAGCAGCUGGUUCCCAUUGUCCAGCGGGCUUUCAUCGGCCUCCACAGACACACCUUCUCCUCCUGGUCAGAUGGGACUGAGUCCUCAUUUGGAAACUGGAUAAAUGGACGCCCGUCCUCAGGAACUGGGAACUGUGUGGUCAGCAGGAUCGGAGCCGUUAACCCUGGAGAGUGGAUGGAAAGACCCUGUAAUGAGAAACAUCCCUUCAUGUGCUACAGCACAUCUUUGAGGCACUUGGUUGUUAUUAAGGUGAAAGUUCUGAAAUCCACGAUCAGCCUGAACGACCCCAAAGUGACGGACGCCAUCUUGAAUCAGAUAAAUGCAGAGAUGAAAAAGAGAGGGAUGAAGGAAGGUUUCAAAACUGCAUGGAUCAAAAAGGCUGAUGACAAUAUCUUCCACGAAGAAGAUGAGAACUGAGACUUAAACAAACUGGGCAUUUACACAAUAUUCAC